AUGAUCACAAAUGCACCAAUACUCAGAUACUAUGACGUAAAUGAGGAAGUAACUAUCCAGUGUGAUGCAUCUGAGCAUGGACUUGGAGCCACAUUACUACAAGGUGGUCAGCCAGUCUACUUUGCCUCGCAAGCAUUAACAAUGACUGAAAGAAAGUAUGCUCAGAUAGAGAAAGAAUGCCUUGCUAUUGUCUUCGCUUGUGAGCGAUUUGAUCAAUUUAUUUAUGGCAGAGACAUAGUUCAUGUACAGACAGAUCAUAAACCUUUAAUACCUAUCUUCCAGAAACCGAUACACAGCGCAUUAAAACGGUUGCAACGAAUGGUAUUGAAAUUACAGAAGUAUGAACUUAAGCUUCAACACAUUCCGGGUAAAGAUAUGUUAAUCGCUGAUUUCCUAAGCCGAGCAUUUUUGAAGAACACCCGUAAGCAGAUCAUGGAUGGAAAGAAAGCUAAAUUCUACUAUGACCAAAAAUGCAAGGAUCUCCCAGACCUAAACAUCGGUGAGACUGUGAGAAUCCAACCUGAUCAACAACAUUCAGAAUGGAGAAAGAGCAAAUGCUUACAGAAAGUUGGUCCUCGAUCAUAUUUAGUUGAGACCAAUGAUGGAAGAAAAUAUAGAAGAAACAGGAAAUUCCUUAGAGCAGAAAAGGAACCAUCAGACACUCAGAAUAGUCAAGGUGAAAACAUGGGCUUAGCAACAGAUGAAGUCCAGCCAACGUUGGAACCAGUGACAAACCAUCCAAGUUCCAAUGUUAUUGAACCAGCGAUCACUCAACCAGACAAUGCAUUAACUAAAGGAAAGCCGAUUACACCUGUUGAACAGACAAGCAACAUCCCGACACAAACUAGUGUUUCAACAAGAACCAGAUCAAACAUACAGAAGCCAGCACGAUACAAAGAUUAUGUUAUGAACUAAAGUUUACACAAAUCUAUGUGAUGUGAACAACAGGAAGGAAGUUAUGCUAUUAGUUCCAGUUUUAAUUCAUUGUUUGAUUGUUGUUGAUUUUAAGCUUUUUGCUAAUGUGGACAUUCAUUGAACUCUAUAUUUAAAAUAACAGUAUUUACUGCAUACAUGCAUCUCAUUCAGCACUCAUUGGAAAGAAAUAGGGCAGAAUAAACCCUAAUAUGACCUAAGAGUAGUCCACCUCAAUGAUGGUCACCUUGCUUAUUUAUUUGUUUAACUGUAGUUCUUAGAAUUAGUUGUUAGUGUUAAAGUUUUAUAAGACGCUGUUAAAUCCCUUAAUUACUGAACUGAUAAAUCAAACAUACUUAUAUAAUUUUAAAAGAAUAACAAUAACAAUAA